GGCCGGCCCGGCGGGGGAGGGAGCCCGGCGGCCGCCGCGAUGUGAGCCGGGGAGGCGGAAGGCGCUGCCCGCAUGGCCGCGGGGGGCGGCGGCAGGAAUGUGCCCCUGGGCACCGCCGAGCGCGGCCCCCACGACGGCAUGAGGCGCGAUGGAGACCCGUACUGGUCCAGGCCCGAGUCCCGUGUGUGGACGGUGAUGCUGCUGCUGGGGACGUGCCUGCUGUACUGUGCCCGUGUCACCGUGCCCAUCUGCGCCGUCGCCCUCAGCUCCUACUUCGACUGGGACAAGAAGCAGUCUGGGGUCGUGCUCAGCAGCUUCUUCUGGGGCUACUGCUUGACACAGAUCAUCGGAGGACACAUCAGUGAUCAAAUAGGAGGUGAGAAAGUCCUCCUCCUCUCAGCAUCAGCCUGGGGGUUCCUCACAGUCCUCACCCCGGUGUUCACCCACAUCACUUCUGCCCAUCUUGUUUUUAUGACCUCCUCCCGGUUCCUCAUGGGGUUGCUGCAAGGGGUGUAUUUCCCAUCCUUGGCCAGCCUGCUGUCCCAGAGGGUCCGGGAGAGCGAGCGAGCCUUCACCUACAGCACAGUGGGGACUGGCUCACAGUUUGGGACGCUGGUGAUUGGUGGUGCAGGAUCCCUCCUCCUGGACUGGUAUGGCUGGGAAAGCGUUUUCUACUUCUCCGGUUUGCUCACUUUGCUCUGGGUUUACUGCACCUGCAAGUACCUCCUGAGUGAGAAAGAACUCAUCAUCCCCAUAGACUAUUUAACGAGAGGCCUCUCGAUACCCAAGCAGACCAAAGUUUCCUGGAAGCAGCUCUUUAGGAAGGCACCAAUAUGGGCUGUCAUCAUUGCUCAGCUCUCCACAGCCAGCACGUUCUUCACUCUCCUCUCCUGGUUGCCAACUUUCUUUAAGGAAACUUUUCCCGAGUCAAAGGGUUGGGUGUUUAAUGUAAUCCCCUGGCUGGUUGCAAUUCCAACAAGCUUGUUCAGUGGAUUUCUGUCUGAUCAUUUAAUCAGUCAAGGGUACAGAACCAUCACCAUUCGUAAGUUCAUGCAGGUCAUUGGCUCUGGCGUCUCAAGCGUUUUUGCUCUGUGUCUGGGCCAGACCUCCAGUUUUUGCAAAGCAAUAGUGUUUGCCUCUGCCUCUGUUGGACUCCAGACCUUUAACCACAGUGGCAUUUCAGUAAACGUGCAGGACCUGGCCCCCUCCUGUGCUGGUUUGCUGUUUGGGGUUGCAAAUACAGGUGGAGCCCUCCUAGGUGUCAUUUGUGUGUACCUGGCUGGUUACCUGAUUGAAACGACUGGCUCCUGGAUUUCUGUUUUCAACCUGGUGGCUGCUGUUAACAGCAUUGGGCUCUGUGUAUUCCUCCUGUUUGGAGAGGCCCAGAGGGUGGACACAGACUCUGCUUACGUGGAUCUCUAGAGAUGAGCCCAGCGAGCAGCCGAAGGACAGGAGAGUGUCACGUCUGUGUUGCACAAGUGCCAAAGAACAUUUUAACUUUUUUUUUAGGUGUUUUAACGGG